CACCCCCUUGUUAUCACAAGUCGUCGUUAAGUCUGUCUGUCCUCCGUCCGGCUUUGCCUCUCGUCUACUCCACCUCCUUCCCACCACCCAAAACCCCCAACCAUUAGACGCGUGUUUGGAGCCUGCACCACUCGAAUCUCGAAAAUUCAAUCUGCGCUCGACAUCACCUCCAUCGCCUCCAUCGCCACGCCCCCCGACCACAGAAGCAAACACCACACGCUCAAUCACCCUACACCCGACGCACUCGCACACCCACCUUCAAUACGUGCCCCUGCGCGUCAUCUCGUUUUUCUGGUAUAGUCAGGCCGUCUGAUCUUUGUCGCCAUGGCUGACGAGGCCUUCACAGAGAUCCGCCGCCUGCAGCAGGAGCGGAAUAGUGCAAAGAAGUCAAAGGCUUUCGAUCCGGAGACCCAGCGGGAGAGUUCUUCGACGAAAGUUGCCUUUACCGACACCUUCGACACCACUCUGUACGACCGUGCUGGAGUGGACAAGUUUGCCGGAUACAACACCUCGAUCGCUAUUGAUGGCGAGGAUGACGAUGCCGAUAUGGUCGGUGGCGACGGAACGCGCCGCCUGGUGGGGCAAUACACUGCGACGAAAGAGAUGAUGAACGAGUUUGCAGGUGGCAAUGAUGACAUAGAUCAGAUGGCCGACCAUGCGAAGGGUAGCCAGAUUGCCGACCGCGAGACCGACUACCAGAAGCGGAGAUUUGCACGAAAGUUGUCGCCAACCCGGAAGGAUGGAUUUGCCAACGGCAGUGAAGCCGAUACAGACGGCCGAAGUUACAAGGAGGUCAUGCAGGAGCGCGAGUUGGAGCGUGAGGAGGAACGUGUUCGACGCAAGAUUGAAGAAAAGCUGAAGAACGGCGACAAGAUGGAAGGCGUUGAGCACGAGGCGACGUUGAAGGCGGACGACAAAGGAGGGGAUAGCGCAGCAGAGGGCACAAGGAAGAGAAAGAAGCGAUGGGAUGUUGCUGGCGAGGGCGCGGUCACCACUAAGGAAAGCGAUGAAGCCACCAAAAAACCACGAUCGAGCCGGUGGGAUGUUGCAGGUGCACCGGAUGCUACACCAGUGGUCAAGAGAUCUCGAUGGGACCAGGCACCGUCGCUCUCUGCCGCCACUCCAGUCGGAAACCAGGGUCUCGUGACUCCGAUGCACCCGUCCUCUUCCGCGUCCGUUCCCCAGAUGCCGCUCACGUUCGGCCUUGGAGAUAGGAAUGCGCCGCUUUCAGACGAGGAGUUGGACGACAUGCUGCCGAAGGAAGGCUACAAGAUCCUUGAGCCACCUGCAGGAUACGCUCCCAUUCGCACACCGGCACGGAAGCUCAUGUCGACGCCUGCACCUAUGGGCUCGGCAUCCGGAAUUGGUGGCUUCAUGAUGCAAGAGCCGGAGAACGCAAGGGUCUUGGGUAAACAGAUGCCCACCGACAUUCCCGGUGUCGGCGAUCUCCAGUUCUUCAAGGCUGAAGAUAUGCAGUAUUUUGGAAAGUUGGUGGAUGGUGCAGAUGAGAACCAGAUGACGGUCGACGAGUUGAAAGAGCGCAAGAUCAUGCGUCUUCUCUUGAAAGUCAAGAACGGCACUCCACCAAUGCGAAAGACUGCACUUCGUCAGCUUACCGACAACGCUCGACAAUUCGGGGCUGGACCUCUGUUCAACCAGAUUCUUCCGUUGUUGAUGGAGAAGACUCUAGAGGACCAGGAGCGUCAUUUGCUUGUCAAGGUCAUCGACCGUAUCCUGUACAAGUUGGAUGAUCUUGUUCGGCCCUACACCCACAAGAUCUUGGUUGUCAUCGAGCCUCUCUUGAUUGAUCAGGACUACUAUGCCCGGGUCGAGGGUCGCGAGAUUAUCAGCAACUUGUCGAAGGCCGCCGGUUUGGCCCACAUGAUCUCCACCAUGAGACCCGAUAUCGAUCACGUCGAUGAGUACGUGCGAAACACCACUGCCCGCGCGUUCGCUGUCGUCGCCUCCGCUCUCGGUAUACCGGCGCUGCUUCCCUUCUUGCGAGCUGUUUGCCGGUCUAAGAAGAGUUGGCAGGCCCGUCACACCGGUGUCAAGAUCGUGCAGCAAAUUCCCAUCUUGAUGGGCUGCGCUAUUCUGCCUCACUUGAAGGGUCUGGUAGAGUGUAUCGGCCCCAACCUCGAGGACGAGCAAGCCAAGGUCCGCACUGUCACCAGUUUGGCAAUUGCUGCGCUCGCUGAGGCCGCCCACCCCUAUGGUAUCGAGAGUUUCGACACCAUCCUCCAACCUCUGUGGACCGGUGCGAAGAAGCAGAGGGGUAAGGGUCUGGCUGGUUUCUUGAAGGCAGUUGGGUAUGUGAUCCCGUUGAUGGACGAAGAGUAUGCCAACUACUACACUGGCGAGGUCAUGGGCAUUGUACUUCGAGAGUUUCAGAGUCCUGACGAGGAGAUGAAGAAGGUCGUCUUGAAGGUCGUCAGUCAGUGUGCCGGAACCGAGGGUGUUACGGCAGCCUAUCUCAAAGAGCACGUUCUGCCAGAGUUCUUCAAAGCGUUCUGGAUCAGACGCAUGGCGUUGGACAAGCGCAACUACCGCCAAGUGGUGGAGACGACGGUCGAUCUCGCGCAGAAGGUUGGGUGCGGUGAAAUCAUUGAGCGAAUUGUUGACCACCUCAAGGAUGAAAGCGAGCCCUACCGAAAGAUGACACUCGAAAGUGUGGAGAAGGUUAUCGCUUCGCUGGGAGCCGCCGACGUCGGCGAACGGUUGGAAGAGAGGCUUGUUGAUGGUGUCUUGUUUGCGUUCCAGGAACAGAGCAUCGAAGACAUCGUCAUGCUGAACGGCUUCGGUACCGUUGUCAAUGCGCUCGGAACACGCACGAAGCCGUACCUUCCUCAGAUCGUCAGUACCAUUUUGUGGCGACUGAACAACAAGAGCUCGGCAGUGCGUCAGCAGAGCGCGGAUUUGAUCUCUCGAAUUGCGGUUGUCAUGAAACAAUGUGGUGAAGACGCGUUGAUGGGCAAGCUUGGUAUUGUUCUCUACGAGUACCUUGGUGAAGAGUACCCCGAAGUCCUUGGUUCCAUCCUGGGUGCUUUGCGAUCCAUUGUCACGGUUGUCGGUAUCAACAGCAUGCAGCCCCCCAUCAAGGAUCUUCUUCCCCGGUUGACGCCUAUUCUGCGAAAUCGACACGAGAAGGUGCAGGAGAACACGAUCGACCUUGUUGGCCGUAUCGCGGACCGUGGAGCCGAAUUCGUCAGUGCGCGAGAGUGGAUGAGAAUCUGCUUCGAGUUGCUCGACAUGUUGAAGGCACACAAGAAGGGUAUCCGACGAGCUGCCAACAACACUUUUGGUUUCAUCGCAAAGGCCAUCGGUCCUCAGGAUGUGCUCGCAACACUACUCAACAACCUGCGUGUCCAAGAGCGUCAGUCCCGUGUCUGUACUGCUGUCGCCAUCGGUAUCGUUGCCGAGACUUGUGCUCCGUUCACUGUUCUUCCUGCCCUCAUGAACGAAUACCGUGUCCCCGAAUUGAACGUCCAGAACGGUGUGCUCAAGGCUAUGUCGUUUUUGUUCGAGUACAUUGGAGAGAUGGCUAAAGACUAUGUCUACGCGAUCACCCCGCUCCUCGAGGACGCCCUCAUCGACAGAGACCAAGUGCACCGACAGACCGCCGCAUCGGUUGUCAAGCAUAUCGCCCUCGGCGUUGUUGGUCUCGGUUGCGAGGAUGCCAUGAUGCAUCUGCUCAACUUGAUCUUUCCUAACAUCUUUGAGACAUCUCCCCACGUCAUCGACCGUAUCAUCGAAGCUGUGGAUGCGAUCAGAAUGGCGAUAGGACCUGGUUUGGUCAUGAACUACGUAUGGGCUGGAUUGUUCCACCCCGCGCGAAAGGUCCGCACGCCGUACUGGCGGCUGUACAAUAAUGCUUACGUGCAGAGUGCGGAUGCGUUGGUGCCGUACUACCCCAACCUCGAUGAGGAGAGACUGCUGAGGCAUGAACUAUAUAUUGUGUUAUAAGGGACUAGAUUGGCUUAGUCGGGUUUGUCACGGAGGGGUCUAUGGAUGGACGAGUUAAAUGAUGCGCGCGCGCCUGUUCUGUUGAUUGUUUCUUUUUCUCGUUUCUUUGCGGCGGUGGUGCAUGUAUUACUUUAGGCUAGAGAUCGAUGGUUCCCAUUGCUUUCAGCCGCAUUUUUUUUCCUGUUCAUUCCUUCCUUCCUUUCUUACUUCCUGUCGAUGUCUAGAGAGUCGGUAACUUGGUCUGUUGUAUCCUGGGCUUCCUUUUGCUGUUUGUCGUUCAUGGUACAUAUUGUGACGGUGAUAACGACUCGUAUCACCGUCACCUAAAAUAAUUCUAUGUCAGUCAGUCAGUCAGUCAGC